AUGGUUGGGCUUGUUGUAGGCCUUAUGUGGAUCGUUAUCUGAUGUUGGAUGCAACCGCCAUCCUGACCUGUAAACAUUUUGUUUCACCAUAGUCUCGUUGCCUUCGCCGUCUUUCUUUGUAUAAUGUCUCUACUAUCUGGGAUGGAGAUCUAAACGCUUUAUUCCGGCUCUCUCAAUUUGAAAGCAGUGACGGCGGUUGUGUGAACCCACACCACUAAUCUUAUAUCAAACAAAAUGACCGGAGCCUUUUUCUCGUGCGGGCAUGUUUUCUUUCUUCGUCUUUCUGACGAAAAAUGUAAAAAAAAUUCAGUUUAUGAAAAAAACCAAUCUCAUCGUUGUUCGCACAUACACACAGGCGACCGAAGUUCACUGAAAGAAAACGGACGUUUUGUCGGGUGGACGCCCUCUUAAAUCCUGAUUAUUGUUAGUUAUUAUAAUCUUACCACAAGAUGUAGACAGGGAGAUUCAAAAAACCCUAUUCCGGUUGAAAGGACUUGGGUCUAAGCAACUGCUACGAACCGAGGACCGGGAAGUCCGUCGACGCGAAUUUAUCAUAAAGUCCAAAAACCUUAGCUUCCCACGCAGUCGUUUUCAGGGGCUUACGUUUCGCUUCUACCCUCAAAACGCGGGAGUGAAACCCCAUCCCUUAAAAAAAAGCCUGCGUGGGAGGCUAAAAAAAGCCGCAAAAAGUUUGACCUUCUUAUCUAAGCACGUGCCAGGUACACAGCCUUUGCCCUUUGCUUCUGUGUUCUUUGCGACCCCUUGGUGAUAUCUGAACAUUCUUAGCCUUGCCCUAUCCUGUAAUAGAGACCUUUGAUUUCAUGUUGACCGACCAAUCUAUUACUCGGUGCGAGAAAAAUAGAGGAUGACAGCUACUAUCGAAAGCGAGGAAUCGGACCUCUACAUAAUGGACGUAAUAAGUUGUGUGGCAAUCUUUCACGAGAAGAGGAAGAGCGGAGGUUGCUUUCUGUGGAAAGAAAAAUUUCGGGCUCAGCUUUUACAAAAGGUGGUCUCCUUAGACGCUCUUAAGGAACCAUGUUAGACCAUGUUAGAAAACCUAUAGAAGAAACCCAAGAAGGCUAUGUCAGAUAUCCUAGAAAAAUUGGAAAAGGGCACGAGAAACACGUCUUUGUCUUUGGUUACACCAUUACCAGACAGUGUUCACGUCAGAAAAAUUAUCAAAGCUGGUUUUGCUACUUGGUACUUGAAGCUCGAAAACGAUAGGGGCAAUCUGGAAAUAAAGUUUGAAAACUUUAUGAAACAGAACAAGUCCUACAGUUAGGAAGACAGUGCGCAAGUUCCUAUCCCGAAAUGAUCAUGUACGAAACAAAGACUGCCAGGAGAAAGCGGCAGUAACCAGGUUGGCUGAUGAAAAGCUUAUCAAGUACCUCCAGGAGCCGGACUUCGUAAGCCACACAAUUAUCCCAGAAAUGGACCACUUUAAUGAGCACAAUAGGGUGGGAAUGUAUCCUCAUCCUAUCAAUAUCGCCUACAGCAGCCUGCUGUUUCUCAAGCUGAAUCAAGAAAGGUAUGGAUCAAAAUCGUAUAUGGCUCAGUUGCACAACCCACAAGUUGAAGUUCUUGAGGAGUCUGUUGCUGCCAAAGAAGUCCACUUUACGAACAAUAUCAUAUUUCUAACUGGCAAAGACGGCCCAUUCAAAUUCCACGAGGUGUUCAAAGUAAGCGUUCUCGUCGAUGUCAGAGAACGAAGAAAUCGUGGCGAAGUUUUGGUGAAAGUAAAUGAACUCGGCUUCGCUCUUGGCGGAACUGUUGUGGAAAUAAAGUUAAAAUGCGAUUAUGGAGCGGGAGGAUUCCACUCAGAUCAGAUCAACUUCUGGAAUGCUGAGAACCAAAGCACUUUUCAAUUUGAAGUUGUUAACGUGGUUUCGUCUAUGGAGCCUGCGCGAAAAGUUAUUCUAUUCUUUCCAUCAAUUUGAAGAAGGCUGGAUACGGAAUUCGUGGGUAGGCAUCACUACUGACCAAGUACGAAGCGGAUUGGCAACAUGUUGGUUCAAUGUGUAUUUUCGGACAAUGCUUAUAUAAAUCCCAUUUUCAGGGUAUUGACGAGAUCUCUCUUUCGUCAUUGACUAGGGUGCUAGAGAUUCGUCGUGGUGUUUCAUACAUUUCACUAAGCCCAAGUAUCGUUUCAUGUAGAACCGGCAUUUUAUAUGCUGAUCCAAAAAGCCACCGAUGUAGCGUUGGAGGAAAAACUCCAACGAAGUAGAUGUCUUUGCCGGGACUAGUAGUGCUGGAAAUAUGGAUGGAAUGGCCGCUAGGACAGAGUGCUAUCAAUCAGUUUAUCUUUGUGUAGAGUUCGGUCACGUCGUUUAUGUUUGUGAUGCGCAGCUAAAUUGUAUUAUGAUCUCAACUUUGCUAAAGCAAACCGCUGAAUUUUUUAAUGCAUUGGGCAAGAUUUACAAAGCCUUCUUAGUCCAUGAAAAGCACCAGGCGUACAGACUCUCUGGUAUUCAAGAAGCGAGCUGGUCAGCGACACUCUUCAGUUAUUGCGCAGGAAUGAAACUUCUAUCAAAAGCGACGUUGCCAAUUUACCCUUAAAACCCUCGAUGGCCCACAUGGUAACGUGGCAUCUAAGACUGUUGUGUUGUGUCUGAUGAAAUGCUUAAAUACGGCCUUCAAAACCUCGAGCUCCAGUAAGUCUCAGAAUUAUACGGAUACUACUCUCUUAAACUGUUGAGUUGCAUGACGCUAAACGUGAAGAAUAUUCACUCGGUUGUGCAUCAUAAAGAUCCACUUUGCACAGUGUCCAACUACAAGAGAAACUUUAGAAACGCAGCCAAGGGAGGCUUAAAGUGGACAACCCAUUGGGCGGCGUACUAUUCUACAAAUCCGAAGUCUUGGUAUGCUGUACCCGAACGUGCUAGGAUCCUGUCAGCCAUACGAGCAAUUCAACCAUUACCAUCUGUAACGAUGGCACCACGAAGCGUACAGAAGACGGGAGACUGGGUGCAACAUUUGGUGCUGCAGUGCGUCAGCGUUCUGUCAGACAGGAGACAACAAUGGCAAGAGCUGGAACUCCCCAUCGUGCCUCUAUCAGAGAGAAAUUCAGCCAGGUCAGCCUCGAAUGCUCUUACCUCAAGGAGCAGCAAGAAAAAGACGAAGAGGAAGAUGGGAUGUUAGAGUACGAUUCCCCAAGCAAUGAUGAAGAAUCGGCCUACGACGAGACCGCAUGUGAUGUUGGCGAGAUCUCAUCUUUAGAAGGAGAGGCGAAUUUUCUCUUCGGAAGAGUUUCUCGCUUCGGAAGAAGUAUUCGCUUCAAGAGCAGAAUUUUGUUUUGUUAAAUUUUCUUUCUUUUCGUUGUUAUGGGAAUAUGGGAUCGCCGUCACCUUUUGCUUUUGUAUGCUUUUGUAGCAGAAGGAUGUUUCUCAGUGAAAAUUUUCACAGCUCCAACGGAAAUAACAUUCCACGGAAUGGUGCUAUGAAACAAUUCAAAGCUAUCAAGACAGUCGGUGUUAUUUUAGGCGUUUACAUUGUUUCAUGGAUGCCCAGUCUGGUCCUAUCCGCUGUUCAUUGUUAUUAUACAGCGACGAAUCAUCUCUGUAACGACAUCAAAUUAGAAAAUGUUGUAUAG